UGACGAAGACAUAAUUCGUGCCUUACGGACUGAGGUCGGUCGUGUGGCUCACGUAGGCACGAUCUGGUUUGCAUUCCUGUGAAUCCUCGUUCAUAUUCACCAUGUCCGCAGGUAAAAAGGGUAAGAAGAAGAAGGGAGUAACCCUUGAUCUUAUGUCCUUUUUGGCUGAUGGAAAGAGCAGUCCCAAUGUAGCGCUAAAAUCAACCAGCUGGGCAGAUGAUGUGGAGGAUGAUCAUGAAGGAUUCUCAUCUAGGAGUAACAAGGACCCAGUUAUUUUACCAACAGCUCCUAGGGCUGCGCGAGGUCCUGGAAUUGAUGAAGAGAAUAUUCCUACAAAUGGACCUUUUGUGGCUUACAUCAGCAAUCUACCAUAUGAUAUCGAUGAAUCUGAUCUUGUAGAAUUUUUCUCAGAAAUGAAGAUUUCUGGUAUGCGUUUGCCUAAAGAUGCAAGUAAAAGUAGGGGCUAUGGUUACGUUGAAUUUGAGGACCGGCCGAGUUUAAUCGACGCGUUGUCUAUGACGAACACAACGAUUAAAACAAGACGAGUAAGAAUUGAGGUAUCCAACAGCAGUAACGACGAACGUCGUGGUGGUCGGAUGGGCAGGGACAAUCGUAGGGAUAAUUACGAUGAUCCGGAACGUACAUCUGGUGAUUGGAGAAGCGGUCCACGCGAGGAGUUACUCGACGGAGACAGUUAUCGCAGCCGAUACGAUAACAGAGAUCGACGAGACGAUAGAGAAAGAUAUGACUAUGAUAACAAGCCUGGCGCAUGGCGUGAGAGAGAUAGUAGUGAUCGAGGAUCAGCAUUUAGGGAUCGAGGUGGCUUCAGGGACGAUGACAGAGACAGAGACAGGGACUGGAAUCGCUUUGGCGACCGUGACAGCAGAGACAGAGACGGAGGCAGCAGUUUCGGCUCUCGUCGUAAUUACGGAGAUUCCGAGUGGGAUCGCGAUCGUCGACAAGAUCGAUCAAGCUCAGAUGCAAAACCCGAGCCGCGAACGAGACCAAAAUUGCAACUUCAGCCACGCACGAAACCAAUGGAGCCGAUCGUAAUGGCGGAGGAGCAGGCAACACAGAGUUCGACAGAAUCGAAGUCAGCGAAAUCAGGGUCAGCACCAAGCUCCGAUAAGCCAACUUCGACUUCUGCGCCCGCGACCAACAUCUUCGGCGCGGCGAAACCUGUAGAUACGACCGCCAGAGAACGAGAAAUCGAGGAACGUCUCGCCAAGUCUUACGCGGAGUCAAGAUCCCGAGAGGAAACAGAUAACAAAGAGCGCUCCAGCAGAGAUGGCACUUGGGGCCGACGCAAUGGAGAAGGACGUGAAGACAAAGAUAAGGAGAGGGAUCGACCGGCUUGGAGGUCAGAGGAAGACAAGGAUGCUCGAAUCGAAAGAUCGGCAUCACGAUCUCAACUCACUUCUGCGCGUCCUGAACCGCAAAAUGAAUCCAAAGCAUCACCAGCUUCGCGUUCUGGACCAGCAGCUGCCAAAGCACUUCAGAAGCCUAGCGAAAAAGAUGCUCGUGCCCUAGAAAGGGAUCGCAAAGAUAAAGAGAAAGAUGAAAUCAACAGAAUGCCGAAAGCAAAGGAUGAACAAGCUCCAGUGAGUAAAAUUAUUUAUCGCGUGAAAUUCUGUCGAACAAAUCGUACAUUUGGUUUCAAUACGGUUUGAACAUUCUCCACAAAG